AUGGCCCGCGUCACCGUCCUCCUGGUCGCCUUCCUCCUCGUCAUCGGGCUAUGCGACCGCAUGAGGCAACAGCCAGCUGCUGAGUCCAUAGCCGCUCCUCCACAGGAGUCGUCGGCCCUCGGGCUUGGCGCGUCUGCCAUCUCCAGUCUCCCAGUGUACAAGUACGAGAAGAAGAGCGGCGGCGGCAGUGACUAG